CGGAAGGUCGGGGAAUUAUUUUUCCCGUGGAAGUGACUCGACUAUCCAUGUCGCACAACUCGGCUAAUCGAUGGAAGUCGAUAAAAGGUAGAUUAGACGGUCUUCGUAGCGGAGACGUCGAUCGUAAACCGUCAGUCGCGCAACGUUCAUCGUAGUUGCAACGACGUGUCUACGACUGUUUCCUUCCAAUUGCUUUACGUCUUUAGCAAUCGUUUGUAUUUCGAUAGUUGGUCCAUCGGAACGUGGAACCCUUUCAACGAUAAGCAUAAAAUCCUGACCAAAGGAGAAGUUUAAGCGUGAAAUUAAACGCAGGCGACGAGUGGUCGAAGAAUGGCUACGCUGGAAUAUCCUUCGGUGAACCUACCCGAGGCAAAGUAUAUUGGGAGAAGGAAUGCGAUUCCUGUCAUUUACACUAGAGGAACACAUUACGACAUUGGCUUCGAUAUCGGGCGGACAUUUUCCGGAUUGAUUCAACGGUAUGUAAACAUCUAUCGACCCCUGAACGAAACUUACAUACCGCUUUACGAGACCGCAGCUGGUAAAAAGAUUUACGAGGAAACUCUUCGCUGCGUGGAACAACAAUUUCCCGGAUAUCUUAGGGAAAUCCAAGGAACGUCGGACGGAGCCAACGUUCCCUUUCACAAGCUAUUUUUGAUGCAUCUGGAUGACAUCGUGCCAAACGUAGCAAACGGAGGGGCCCAGGGGAACGAGUUACCGGUCGGUUGUUCAACCAUUAUAUGCAACCAGCUAGGACACCAAAUCUUGGGGCAUAACGAAGACGCGCUUGGCGAAACUUUAAAUUAUUGGUAUCUGGUUUCUGCGCACGUACUCGAACCAGGCUGCAAGGAAGAAAAAUUCACGUCUUUGAGUUAUGCCGGCCUCUUGCCGGGAUACACGAUGGGUUACAAUUAUCAUGGUCUCGUUUAUACCAUCAAUACUCUUAGCGCUGCGAGUCUAAGAUCCGGCAAAACGCCCAGGUACUUUAUAACUCGAGCGCUACUGGCCGCCGACAAUUACGUGCAAGCUCAAGAAAUUUUGAGAAACGAUGGUAUCGGUGCGGCCGACGGAUUCGCGGUAAACAUGACCUUUUUAACGCAAGAAGGCGACAGAAUGUUUCACAACGCCGAAAUCGGUCCCUGCGAGAUCGACGCCAAGCAAUCUCAAUUGAGCAUUUUGACCGUCAGUCCUGGAGAAAAUACUUUCCACUGCAACAAAUAUCUUCGUCUAAAAGUACCAGAGGUUGAUGGUCUUAUUAUAGACAGCAGCGUAAAGAGAAUGGAAACGAUACGUAACCAUCCACCGCCAAAGUCUCGCCAAGAUGUUGUAAACAUUCUAAGCGAUCAGACGGACGACGAGUACAGAGUUUAUCAAGAAAUUAAAAAAGACGACCGUGUGAAAACCAUCGCUACCGGAAUCUUUGACUGUAUUGAAAAAACUUGGUCCAUUUAUACGGAUAAACCAAAUUCGACGGAGCCGAUAUUAGUGAUACCUUUGCAGCUGCAUGGUCACGAGACAACCGAUUCUCCUAUGUAAACUCGAAUAAUAAAAUAAUGUUCCUUC